AAUUUUUUGUAUAAUUAUUUCAAAUCAGAAUAAACGCAAUGGACUCUAAUAUAAUCAGAAAAUUUCGCUUAAUUAUAUGGAAAAACUUCAUAAUACGUAAACGACAUUGGGUAUUAACAUGUUUGGAAAUAAUUAUACCAAUUUUGCUAUUUAUAUUAAUGGCAUAUAUUCGAGGCAACAUAGGUGAUAUAAAUAGAAUUUAUAUAAAUGAAACCACUACUUUUCCUCCAAAAAAUAUUGAUAGUCUAACUGAAGAGAUAACUGCUGAUACAAAUAUUUUUUAUACAAACAUUAAACCCUUUUAUGGGAAGUUAAUGAAUGAUGUUCGGAAAAAAAUUGCAUUACCUGCAACCAAACUUCAUGCAUAUAUGGAUGAAGAGGCUCUUUUAUACAAUUAUACCCAAUAUAGUAUAGACAAUCCAGAUGAAAAUGUUAUAGUAAUUAUUUUCGAUGAUAAGACAAAUCUGAAAAUACCAAAAAAUUUAAAAUAUUCUAUACGUACAGCAAGUCGUUGGGAAACUGAACUUAUGUUUCCAAGCUUUCAACAUCCAGGACCAAUGAAUUCAGAUGCAACAUAUUUUCAUUCGGGAUUUGUAACAUUACAAUCAGCCAUUGAUGAAUGUUUUAUUGCAAAAACAACGAAAAAGCCGAAGUUCGCGUAUGAGAUACUGUUACAACGUUUUCCGUAUCCACCAUACAUGAAUGACAUGGGUUUCACAGAAAUAUAUAAUAUUGUUUUACCAGUAUUAACAGUUAUAAGCUUUUUAUUUUUAUGCCCUUCAUUAUUGAAAAGAGUAGUUGAAGAAAAACAAACUGGAAUAAAGGAAUUAAUGAAAUUAAUGGGCCUACAACCAUGGAUGUUAUGGUUAGGAUGGUUAAUUCAUUCUUUAGUUGUGAAUAUAUUUUCUAUAACGAUUAUUGUCUUACUACUGAAAGUUCCAUGGGAAGCUGGUAACGAUCCAAUUAUUCCAUUAUGUAAUGGAUUUCUUCUAUGGUUGUUCCUCGUUUUAUACGUUGUUGCCAGCGUAUGCUUCUUUUUCUUUGUAAGCACAUGGUUUAGCCGACCAACAAUUGCAAUGAGUAUUGCUAUGAUCAUAUGGAUUAAUACAUAUUUCGCUGUUGAACCUUUUACAAGUGAUCCAAAAUUAUCCUUUGCAAUGAAAUUACUGUUUGCACUUUUUCCAAAUAUUUGCGUUUUGUACGGAUACCAAUCGAUAGCUACAUUUGAAGUUCGAGAUGUUGGUUUGAAAAUGGGUAAUAUUUUUGAAAUUGCAUCAGGAAACUCAAACGACCUGUCGAUGGGAUUUGUUUAUCUAAUGUUAAUAUUUGAUAUUGCCUUUUAUUCUUUAUUAACUUGGUACGUAGAUAAUAUAAGACCUGGACAAUAUGGAUUAGCAAGACCUUGGUAUUUCCCGUUUAUGAAAUCAUUUUGGAUUCCAACAAAAGUCGAGGAUUCUGAGCUAUAUUUAAAUGGUGGAAGCAUAAAUCAAAGAAAUUAUGAAGAGCCACCAAAACAUUUAAAAGCUGGUAUUACAAUAAAAAAUUUACGCAAAACUUAUGGAAAUUUGAAAGCUGUUGAUGGCUUGUCCGUUGAUAUUUACAAUGGAGAAAUAACAGCUUUACUUGGACACAAUGGUGCUGGAAAAACAACUACAAUGUCUAUUUUAACUGGUAUGUUUGCUCCAACAAGCGGUGAAAUUUAUAUCCACGAUUACAAUAUAAGGACUCAAUUAAAUCAAGUUAGAGAUCUUCUUGGACUAUGUCCACAACAUAAUAUGCUGUUUACUGACUUGACAGUGCUCGAACAUUUAAUAUUCUUUGCCAGAUUAAAGGGAAAAUCACCAUCUGAUGCAAAAAUUGAUGCUGAAAAUUUAUUGACUACUUUAAAUUUACCUAAAGCGAAUAAUAAUGUUGAUACUUUAUCUGGCGGUAUGAAGCGUAAAUUGUCAUUAGGAAUCGCUCUAAUUGGAGAUGCCCAAGUUUUAAUGUUAGACGAACCUACGUCUGGAAUGGAUCCAGAAGCACGCCGUGAAGUUUGGGAUUUAUUAUUGCGCAUGAGAGGUCCAGAUAAAGUAAUUAUGAUUACAACACAUUUUAUGGAAGAAGCUGAUGUAUUGGGUGAUCGUAUUGCAAUCAUGGAUCAUGGAAAACUGCAAUGUUUCGGAACAUCAAUGUUUUUGAAAAAACAAUAUGGUGCUGGAUAUCAAUUAUCACUAAUAAAAGCAGAUGAAAAUACUGAAGUUGAUAAAGUAGUUAACGUGGUAAAUCAGCACAUACCAAAUGGCCGAUUAAAACAUAAUACUGCUGGAUUAUUAACCUUCACGUUACCAACAAAUUCCAAUAAUAAAUUUCCAGAAUUGUUCCAGUCUCUCGAAUCAGCAAAAUCAGAAUUACAUAUUAGUGGCAUUGGAUUAUCAGUUACUACAUUGGAAGAAGUAUUUUUAAGGGUUGGAGAAAUUGUUCUUGAAGAACAAACAGAUUCACUUAAAAAACCAAAUGUUGGCGAAGAUUAUGUAGAUGGCAGCGAAGAAAGACUUAUUGUACUAAAAGAAAAAGAGGGUUUACUUUUAGAAUUCAAUCGGUUUGCAGCAUUAUUAACUAAAAAAUAUAUUUUUACAAAAAGAAAAUAUAUAUUAUUUCCGUUACUUUGUAUAAUCCCCAUCCUUAUGACAUUUGCAACGAUUACGUUGGGUGUAAAAAGUCUUAAUAACAAUUCAUCGGAUGAUCCUCCUUUAACAAUGGAUUUCUCCAAAUUUGGUGAAUCACUUGUGUAUUAUAAAUCUUUACCAGGAAACACCGAUCUUGGAAAAAUUAGUCAAACGUAUGGUAAUAUAAUACAAUCAGCACCAAAUGCCAUUCCAAAACCUGUCAAAAAUGUAAAUCAAGAAAUAGUGGAUGUUGGUAUAAAAAACAUUGCUCAGUUUCGUGAAAUGAUUAUUGUGGGUGCAGAAUUUAAUCAAUCUAAAUUUUCGAAUGGAUCAAAUUAUGUGCAAUUAAAUGCAAUGUAUUCAACAAUUGCUUUCCAUGGUUUACCCAUUAGUUUUAAUAUGAUUACAAAUUCACUUUUAAAAUUUUUAAGUGGUAAAGAUUAUUCCAUAACAACAAUUAAUCAUCCAUUAGAGAAAAAAACUGCAUCGUCAAUGGAGGUUCAACAAAUUAUGACCAAUGUACAAAUUAUAAUGUUAUGGUUCAUCAUAAUGCCUUUAGGUUAUUUGUUUUUGGUUGGCGGUUUUAUUAAUUUUCCAUUAGUUGAAAGAGUGUCCAAAGCUAAACAAUUACAAUUGAUGACUGGAUUAAAACCUUACACAUACUGGUUUUCAUCAUAUCUUUGGGAUUUUCUUUUAUACUUUAUUGUAACAUUCAUUGUUGUCUUUUUCGUAAUUGGAUUAUUUGAUUCGACUAGUACAUUUAACGGAAGUUAUGAAUUAGCUACAUUGUUCAGUAUUUUAAUAUUGUAUGGAUUGAGUAGUAUUUUAUACAGUUAUUUUGUAAGUUUCUUCCGUGAAACAGUGCCAGGAGCAUUUUCAUUUUUAUUAAUUAGCAGUAUUAUUAUUGGACUUAUUGUAACAACUGUAACUUAUGCAAUGACUAAAGCAGAUGAAUGGAAAAACUUGGGAAAUUUCUUACAAUAUUUGUUUUCUUUAAUUCCACACUAUGCAUUUUCUCUUGGACUAUUAAAAUUUUCACAGACUGCUUUAGAUAAUAAUAAAUGCAGACUACGAUCACCGAAAUUGCGUGAACUUAUUUGUCAAACAACACCAAAAGAUGUUUGUUGCACGUUAAAUUGUACAGCCUCAGAACGAUGUCUAGAUCGAAUUUCUUAUUUACAUGGAGAUAAUGGAAUAUGGAAUUUAAUGUUAAUGUUGGCAGUAGAUGUUGUAUUUUAUUUCGGGAUUUUAAUGUUAAUUGAUUAUAACGUAUUUUCUCGUAUAAAAGAAAUUUUCCUGAAGCGUCUUUGGGGAAGCUCAUCCAUUUUAAAUGGACGACGAGAUAGUGACGUAGAAAGAGAAUCAGAUCGCGUUAAUAAUUAUUUAAAUUUACAUUCUGCAGGUGACGCUGAGGAGGAUAAUUUAUUGGUACAUGGAUUAGAAAGGCGAUAUCGUAAACAUCCAGCCGUUCGUGGAAUUAGUUUUGGCGUUCAUAGUGGUGAAUGUUUCGGUUUAUUAGGAGUUAAUGGCGCUGGUAAAACCACUACAUUUAGAAUGCUAACCGGUGAUGAAAUACCAACAAGAGGAGACGCAUUAGCAAAUCAUUAUAAAUUAAGUGAACACAGAAACUCGUUUGUAGCGCAACUAGGAUAUUGUCCACAAUUCGAUGCCAUAAAUGAAUCAUUAACGGGCCGAGAAAUGCUGCAAAUAUUUGCACGACUAAGAGGGAUACCUUCUAAUCAAGUUAACGGAGAAGUGAAUAAAUGGCUAGCACUUUUAGGUUUGACGGACUAUGCAGAUCGAUUAUGUGGUACUUAUUCUGGCGGAAAUAAGCGGAAAUUAAGUACUGCAAUGGCAUUAAUAGCCGAACCGCCAAUUGUACUUUUGGAUGAACCAACAAGUGGCGUUGAUCCUAUAUCUCGAAGAAAUUUAUGGAAUGUACUGUCUAAAAUACAUAAACAAUCAAUUGUUCUUACAUCACAUAGUAUGGAAGAAUGUGAAGCAUUAUGUAAUCGUUUAGCAAUUAUGGUAAAUGGUCAAUUCCAAUGUAUUGGUACUGUACAAUAUUUAAAACAACGUUUUGGGCAAGGUUUUACAAUUCAAUUAAAAAUACGAUCUGGUGUAAAUGAUACACAAUUAAAUAAUUUAAAAACAAGUAUUGAAAGGGAAUUUACUUGUGAGUUAAAAGAUGAACAUGAAGGUUUAUUACAUUAUCAUGUAACAAAUCCACAAACAUCUUGGUAUCAUUUAUUUAAUACAAUUGAACGAUUAAAAUCGAAUAAUGGUUUAAUUGAAGAUUAUACCAUCAGUGAGACAACAUUGGAACAAGUAUUUCUAUCGUUUGCACGACAGCAAAGAGAUGAAAAUCAUACUGAUACUGUACAAAUAAAUGUUAAACAUCACAUUGAAAAACAUAUUGAGAGAAAAUGUUUUCGGGAUACGAAAGAGUUUUUUCGUUAGCUGUAAGAAGAAACAUGUACAUUGUACAUGUUUUUUUGUGUAGAAAGAAACAAGUGCAUUGCGAUGCAGAACAGAUUACGGUAUGCCUUAUAUUAAGGUUCGUGGUGUUGCAAAUUGAAUCUCGAUUAAAAAAAAGACAAUAUCUAUUUUCCUUGUCAGUUGGUUGUUUCAUUUUUACAGUGGAAAUAAGUUUUUAAUCGUUCGAGUUUACUUUUCCAAGCAGUAUUUAAAAGUUCGAAUUUCAUAAAGCGAUUUUUU